GGUCUCUAACGGCGGUGGUGUUGUUGUUAAGAGACAAACAUGGCGCAGAUGGAUUAGUACUGCUGACGAUUUGGAAGAAUACAACCAGAGGGAUACUUUUUUCAAGCUCGGUCUUGUACAAUGCAAGGGUGAAAUGGUCUCAAUCUUGAAUUGGAUCACUGCUUCGUUGAUGACUAAAAGGCGACCAGGACGCAGGAAUACAUUCAACGCCAUUCAUAAACAUUUCUAUAGGACUUCAAACCCCUGAGUGUUGUUGUUGGAUAUUUAAAACGAUUUCUUACGGCUUACAGCAAAUCAUGGCCAGUAAAGUGAAAAUGAGCAGUGAUUUACUUCAAGGCGUGGAUAGAUUAAAAGAGGAACACAUAAAGGUGGUGAAAGAGUGCCAAAGUCAAAUUACACACUGGAGAAAAUUGGAGAAUGAUUAUGAAAGUCUGCAGGAGCGCCUCAACACUUUGCCUGAUAAGCUGUCCUAUGAUAUUAUGGUACCGUUCGGUUCUUUGGCUUUCAUGCCUGGGAAGCUGGUUCACACCAAUGAGCUCACGGUUCUCCUCGGAGAUAACUGGUUCACAAAGUGUUCUGCUAAGCAGGCCCAGACACUUGUAGAACACAGAAAGAAACAUGUGAAGAAUAAACUUGAUGAUUUACGCAAAGUGGUGAAGAGCUUUCAAGACAGAGCUGGCUUCACAGAAGAUCUUAAAAAGAUGGCAAAUGAUGGAGAUUUUGUUGACAUCAGAGAAGAAGUGGGAAAAGAGGAAACAGUUACCAGAGGUAAACAUCGUGUGGCCCACAAACCAAACUCCAAGCCUAAGGAGCCAUAUAUGGUGCAGCUAGAGGAGGAGGAGGAGGAGGAGGUGGAGGAUGAGAGUGUAAAUGGAGGAAACGGUAAAGGAGUGCUGACGGAGGAGGAGCUGUGGGCGCGGCUGGAUGAGCUGGAGCGUCUGGAGGAGGAGCAGGAUGAGAGAGAAAGAAUGGACAGCACCGAUACCAACGGUGAGGACACAACUUCGUCUUCGUCAGAGGAAGAGAAGGAGGCAGAUGCUGGGGUCAUGGUCCAGGUUAAUGGCCAUGACCAAAAUGGGGACUGUGCUCCUGCCUCUCACACAAGCCAGGUCAAUGGCAUCAAAGCACAGCUUGACGAAGAGGAACAAGAAGAAGAAGGCGAGGAGGUUGGCAAUGGUCUGCCAACGAUCUACUUCAGUCAUACAGUAGAACCCAAAAAAGUACGAAUAAACACAGGAAAGAACACUACUCUGAAGUUCAGUGAACGGAAAGAGCAGAAAGAGCAGGCCAAACGUAAAAAGAAGAAUGGCAAAUGCAACGGCCAUGCUGUUCAUGAGCAUCAUAAAAUCACAACUCCUGCUGAUAUCUACAGGGUAUUUGUGGAUGUAGUGAAUGGUGAGCCUGUCCCAAGGAAAUCCAUCCUGAAGUCACGCAGUCGUGAGAACAGCGUGUGCAGUGACACCAGUGAGAGCAGCACAGCAGAUUUUGAGGAGCGCCGUGCUUUUGUUAACCGCACACACAGCCAUGAUGAAGCCACCCACAGUGACACCAGUGAUGGUAUUACUGAAGAGGACAGUCCGACUGGAAUAAGUCUUUACCCUAAUGGGCGUUUUGAGGCUUUUUCAGGGACAGUGAUUGAAAAAGAUCCACUGCCCUCAAUGAUCCCUCACCUGACGAUCACCCCUCCUGCGUUACCUACAAUCCUUGAAAGAAAGCAAGAAGAGGUGGGCUCGGAAGUGCCCCAGGAGCCACCCAAGAGGGUGUCAAAGUUCAAAGCUGCCCGGCUGCAGCAGAAGUGAGACUCCUAAUGGUCUAAUGGUUCUUGCUUUUUAAAAAAAAAACAAAAAAAAAACUCCCUUUUGUAUGACAGUAAUACUUGGUGGUCUUGCACACCUCUGUCCUGCCCUCUCUCUCUCUGUUUCAGUCUUUGCUGCUGUUCUGUGCUGUCUUGCUGAAGCCAGUCUGGUCUAUUUUCACUACAUAUACCAUAUGUUUUAUGUUCUGUCCUAACAGUAGGAGAUGCAGCUCAAACUUGUUCAGCCUCUCCACUCUGGAGAAUUGACCAGGCACUUUUUAUUCAUUGAGACAGGGCUGCAUGACCAGAUACAUACCUACUGGUUUUGCUUUGUGUGUUCCUCUAGGCCACAUGUAUGUGAAUAUAAAAGAGUAGCAUUAGAAAUAUCAUGUGCUACACACAUACAUGGCAGGUUAUUGUCUUUGUGAUUUUUCUAGCUGCUCUGGUGAUCUGUCUUAUAGAGGUGUUUUGUACCUUAUAAAGUAUCUCACAUGACGAACAGUCUGCUGUAACUUCUAAACCUUUCUAAAUCUUCCAUACUGGGAUUGUUUUUGCUGUGUCUACAGUCUUUGGAUGUAGAUCAGCUUUUUUGUGAUUGAAUACAAAUGUUAACCAGAGAAUAAAUGAUUUUGCCUAUACUGACUUUAAUCCUGUUUGUUAAUCCAAACUUAAUGGAACACUGCUUGGGUGUGGUGUUUGAAUAGAGUUUAUUUGCUAUGUCCAGCAUUUGGAACAGGCUGCAGAAGUAAUGCCACGUCCAUACUGACACUGGAGAUAACUGAAUAUUUGCAAUGCGUGACAAAAAAGUGGUUACGUUUGGGUUAGAGCUCACUACAAAGCAGUCUGCUUUCUAUUUUUGAUCUGUUUGUUCGCUGUGGGGAAAAGCCGCAAUUAUUGUGUGCUUUACAGCUUUGUUGUGGAGCUACAGCCACUAGAUGGGGAUAAAGUUCAAUUCACUGUUCAGUACUUGCUGAACAAAUUACUCCAUCCUUUCUCCCAAGGCUAUUCCGAGUUGGAGGUUCAACCCAGAGCCAGGACAACAAAGUAAUUUAUCUAGAUAUUGGACCAUACUAUGAAGCUGGAGUAAUGUCUUGGUAAGACAACUUGUUCAAAUAAAACAGGCUUUGGUUUUAACUAGGGUUGUCAUAUCAUAUUGUCCAUGAUCUACUGGUACAAUUCCUCCCCAUGAUAAGAAUUGUCAUAUUGCAUUAUUGAAUAUAAAGUUGGUGAUGUGUUUACAUGCCGCAACAUGGGCAUCUCCCAUGAAGAACAAGCAUGGCAGAAUCCCCAAAAAAGGAGCUUCCUCCGUAAUAUGGAAGUGGUUCUGAUACAGCAGAUCAGAUAUGAAUCAAAUGUCUAUGAUUUAUAAAGUAUGUCAAAAACGUGUAUCAACAAAGGUUGGAAACACAAAAAAAACCCUUUCUACCACCUCAAGUAAAAACACCGACCAGAAUAUGAGGAAAGCCAGAAGUUGCAUGAGGAGAAAGUGUCAACAAAGCAAACUCCUUUAAUUCAGAAGGGUAUGACCAAAAAUUUAGUAGGUUACUAUUUUCAUAUUGUCAUUUAUAUUGUUACCGCAAAAAAAAAUUGUGAUCAUAGUUAUAAUCAUAGACUUAUAACUAUCACCCAUCCCUAGAUUGAACCUAAAAGUAAAAACUGUAGCUUAACCAUGGACAAGCUGCUUUCCCAUGUUUUAUCUACUGUUUUUGUGCAUUGAGUAUACAUCCAUAUACAAACAUAUGUCUUUGGAAUCCAAUAUAAGUUAUCUUCCAAAGGCAGUAUGAACUCCAGGAGGGGAAAAAUGCAUGUUUUGCAUUUACAAUAUAGAGGAGUAUUGAGGACAUCAACUUAUGCGUUUAGUUCCUGUAUUGGUGGUUUGGGUUUGUCGGAUUGCAGCUAUCCAUCAGCAUAUGAGCUCAUUGACAUUUAGACUUGACGAGACCUGAGUCAGCAGCUGGACUCAAUGGCAUGUAGACCAUGCAGAAUUUCUGUUCAACAUACUUUGACUUGAACGUACAGCACUUUUAUUAUUAUUGGAAAUGCAGUAGAACUGAUUCAUAAUAAAGGUAGGCAAUUUUCAACCAGCUUUGUUAGUCUGUCUGUCAAAGCCAUGAAGAUUACACUAAUGAUCCCUUCCUUGCAUUUGAACUUGGUGUCUGCAGCCUUAUUCAAUUCUAUUCUUUUCCAUUUUUAUUUAUUUUAUUGCACUUUUAACGAUGGACAUUGUCACAAAGCAACUUUACCAAAAUCUGGUUUUAAAAAUUGAUCCCUAAUGAGCAAGCCAGAGACAAUACUGGCAAGGAUAAAUUCCCUGAGAUGACAUGAGGAAGAAAUAUUGAGAGGAAAAAAAAUACUCAAAAGGGAACCCAUCGUCUUUGGCUUGACACCAGUUGGUGUGAUUAUAAAUAGUUUCUCUGUCUAUAUUUCUAUAACUGUAUACUACUGAGUA